UGACGAAAUAACCCUUACAUGAGAUAUGGAAUUGCAAAUUUACCAAAAUCCUGGAGAGUUUCAUUUCAUCCUUUCUCGACGGAGACGAAAGGGAACCGCCGUCACGAGCUCCGGCAGAAGUUAUUUCAUCUUCACCGCUGGGUCUGAAUAUCAAACCAGAGGCAGACGGAAAGAUAACCCGGAGAUUUCUGCUAAGAACGAAACAUGUUUCGGGCAAUUUUUAUGAGUAAUCUGAUUCGAUCUUGCUCGAGAGGAACGCAUCCAAUCGAUCGUAGCAUACGAUCGUUUCUCUCGUUGAAGAUGGUUCGUCUUUACUCCACAGAAAUGGAACCUCAGUUGUCUCCAGAUCUUAUUAGGAUAAUGGAUCAGAGACUAUCGGCGAUAGAACACCGAAAUACUGUUCUUCAGAGGCUUAUUAACCAGCCCGAGUACUCACAAGAAGAGUUUUCAAGAGCUAACAAGGAAUUUCGGAAGAUGAGAGACUCAAUGGAGCUGAUCAAUGAUUUGAGGGCUAUACAAAAGGAGAUUGAUGGGUUGAAGUCUCUGGUUUCAGAGAGCUCGGAUGAUAAGGACAUGCUUGAUAUGGCUGUUAGUGAAUUAGAUGAAGCGGUUGAAGAAGAAAAUAGACUUCAGACAUUGCUGCUCAAGUCUUUGCUUCCUAAAGAUGAAGCCGACGAGAGGGAUUGCAUUUUGGAGGUGAGAGCAGGUACUGGUGGAGAAGAGGCUUCUUUGUUUGCUAUGGACAUUUUCAGAAUGUACGAAAGGUAUUCACAGAAGAAAGGUUGGAAAUUUGAAAUUGUAGACAUCACCGAGUCUGAUAUGAAAGGAUAUAAAGAAGCCAGUGCUGCGAUAUGUGGAGCCAGUGUUUACGGAAAACUUAAGUUCGAGAGUGGAAUCCACAGGGUUCAGCGUAUUCCUAUCACUGAGAAAUCUGGACGUAUUCACACCAGCGCUGUAUCUGUCGCCAUCCUUCCCCAGGCUGAUGAGGUAGAUGUUCAGCUAAGGAAUGAAGAUUUGAGGAUUGAUACGUACAGGUCUGGUGGGUGCGGUGGUCAACAUGCCAACACAACCAAUAGUGCAGUCCGAAUAAUCCAUCAUCCAAGUGGGAUUAUGGUCUCGAUCCAAGAUGAAAGAUCACAGCAUAUGAACAAAGCCAAAGCACUCAAAGUACUCUGUGCAAAGCUCUACGAGAUCGAAAGGUUGAGAUUACAGAGCAGUCGAUCAAAGCUACGGUCGGAACAGAUAGGCAGUGGAGACCGAUCAGGACGCAUCCGUACAUACAAUUUUCCACAAGGGAGAGUCACAGAUCACCGUGUGGGAAUCACUCACCAUGCAAUUGAAGAUAUGAUGCAGGGAGAGAAUCUGGACUCCUUCAUUGAUGCCCUUCUCUUGCGCCAAGAAAUGGACGCCAUUGCUUCUUUCAGCUCCACUACAUGAAGCACAGAGGUAGACCAAAUCCCUUAGCUUAGUUCAUCAUCAGCUGGUCCGUCACAUGGCGUUAUUAGUAAUAAAAAAUACCCAUUAUUAAAGGAGAAGAAGAAAGAAAGAGGGAGCCAGGGAAGAGGCAGUGCAUGGGAAGAGACAAAACACAGUCGUUUGAUGUUUUAGUAAACUCAAUCCAUGCUCUGCUUGUUCCCUGUCUCUCUCAUUUACCACUUUGUAUUCUUCUUUCGACCGGUUAUAGAAAGGCUUACCUUUGAACUUGACCAGUUCCUUGAGUUGAUGUUAUGUCAUAAGGUUUAAAUAGAUGUUUUGGAACUGUGUUUUAUGAUGUACUACUACACGAGAAUUCACCAGUUGUACUCCUUUGUUUUGCAAAUUCUUGUACUUCGAUCUAAGCUAAAAAAGAGUACAAUUAUUAAUUGUUCUUGUAAUGCUAUCACACUCUGUGUUGUACUUUUAUACGACUUUAUAUGUUUGGACAUUGGCAAAUCG